GCGCUCCGGGGCCCGGAGAACCAGGACGCGCCCGGCGCCUAGCCAGCGGCCACGCUCCCAGUGACCCCCUCCAGUUGGCCUGGCGAAACCGAGGGCCCCAAGCAGCCUUUUGCUUUGACGGCGGGAGGAGUGGAGAGCGGCGAGUGAGAGUGCCAGCGAGCCAGGCAGAGAAACUGGAGCUGGGAACAAAGAGGGAUCCGGCAGUGCGUGUCAGCCCCGGCUCUGGGAGGUAGCGUUUGGGCCCAGGGCUCCUCCUGUGACUCUCCAAGACCCCGCCGCGUCCUCCACUGCCAGUCCCCAGCACUCGUCUGCACAACUUUAUUCUUGGCAAACUUCUUUUUCUUCCUCCUCCGCCCCCAUCUUCUCCUCCAGCAGAUCAAAUGCUCCUCCAGAAGGAAAACCGAAGCGAAAGGGGAGGAAAUAAGCAGCUCUGAAUCGGACAUCUGCAAGCCCGAGUGGCUCUUCAUUUUAUUGUUUACCCUCCAGGAAGUGGACUUUUCGUCAUCUUCGGAUUCUCCUUGCACCUCUGCUGGGGCCAACGGAGCCUUCUGGCCCAGCUCUCCUGCUUUCUCGGCGAACUCCAAAAACGGGAUCCAUCGUGGAGUGGCUUGCGCGGUGACGCGCCGCCAGACCCUCCUUUGCAUUUUGGAGAGCCGUGCCUCCUCCGGGACCGCUGUCCUCGGCGCACAGACCCCGGCCAAGCGAGGGGCGUGGGGUGGCCAGUCGGGCCGGGGCAGGGUAGCCUAGUGCGCGCGAAGCGGCGCAGACGCCCCGGAGGCGUCCGCAGCGGCGGCCCUAGCAGUCCAGUGCCCUUCAGUGUCCACGGGGCGGGAAGGCGCAGACAGUCGCCGCGGCCCGGGCUGCCGGCCCCUCGCUUGCCAGCCUCGCUUCCGCCCGCUGUCUUCCCCCACGCACCCUUCCAGUCCUCUGUUCCCACCUUCCAUUAACUCCCCCUCUUUCCUGCUGUCGCCGCGGGUGCUCCCCCAGCGGAGCGGAGAUUACAGAGUCGUCGCGAUGCCCCAACUCUCCGGGGGAGGCGGCGGCGGCGGGGGGGACCCGGAACUCUGCGCCACGGACGAGAUGAUCCCCUUCAAGGACGAGGGCGAUCCCCAGAAGGAGAAGAUCUUUGCCGAGAUCAGUCACCCCGAAGAGGAAGGCGACUUAGCCGACAUCAAGUCAUCCUUGGUCAACGAGUCGGAAAUCAUCCCGGCCAGCAACGGACACGAGGCUUUCCUGGUCUGGGGGAAGGUUGGAAACCGAGAACCCCAGGCAGGGUUUGCUAAUCAUGCUGCGGUGGAAGUGGGCCCAAGGCGACCCACGGAAGAUGGUGCAGGGGUGGUGAGACAAGCACAAACCUCUCAGGAGUCCUACCAUGACAAGGCCAGAGAACACCCUGAUGAAGGAAAGCAUCCAGAUGGAGGGCUGUACAACAAGGGACCCUCCUACUCCAGUUAUUCUGGCUACAUAAUGAUGCCAACUCUGAGUAACGACCCCUACAUGUCUAAUGGAUCCCUUUCUCCACCCAUCCCGAGAACAUCAAAUAAAGUGCCCGUGGUACAGCCAUCCCAUGCGGUCCACCCUCUCACCCCCCUCAUCACCUACAGCGAUGAGCACUUUUCUCCAGGAUCACACCCGUCGCACAUCCCAUCAGAUGUCAACUCCAAGCAAGGCAUGUCCAGACACCCUCCAGCUCCUGAUAUCCCCACCUUUUAUCCCCUGUCCCCUGGCGGUGUUGGACAGAUCACCCCACCUCUUGGCUGGCAAGGUCAGCCUGUAUAUCCCAUCACGGGUGGAUUCAGGCAACCCUACCCAUCCUCACUGUCAGGCGACACUUCCAUGUCCAGGUUUUCCCAUCAUAUGAUUCCUGGUCCUCCUGGUCCCCACACAACUGGCAUCCCUCACCCAGCUAUCGUAACGCCUCAGGUCAAACAGGAGCAUCCGCACACUGACAGUGACCUAAUGCAUGUGAAGCCUCAGCAUGAACAGAGGAAGGAGCAGGAGCCAAAAAGACCUCACAUUAAGAAGCCUCUGAAUGCUUUCAUGUUAUACAUGAAGGAGAUGAGAGCGAAUGUCGUAGCAGAGUGCACUCUGAAGGAGAGUGCGGCUAUCAAUCAGAUCCUGGGCAGAAGGUGGCACGCCCUCUCACGCGAAGAGCAGGCUAAAUAUUAUGAACUAGCGCGGAAAGAAAGACAGCUUCACAUGCAGCUUUAUCCGGGCUGGUCCGCCAGAGACAAUUAUGGUAAGAAGAAGAAGAGGAAGAGAGAGAAACUACAGGAAUCUACUUCAGGUACAGGUCCAAGAAUGACAGCUGCCUACAUCUGAAACAUGGUGGAAAACGAAGCUCAUUCCCAACGUGCAAGGCCAAGGCAGCGACCCCAGGCCCUCUUCUGGAGAUGGAAGCUUGUUGAAAACCCACACUGUCUUCACAGCUCUCCCAGUGGACCCCACAGGAGCACUGACACCAACUUUACCCUGAGGUCACUGCUAGAGACGCUGAUCCACAGAGACAAUCACUGCCAGCCCUCCCCCUCCCUUUUGUCUACUGCAAGAGCCAACUUCCAAAACAGAUUCAGAGGACAUUAAAAAGCACAGGCGAGUGCUAGCAGACCCCCCAGCUGAGCAGCUUUUCUCUCUGUCUCCAUGUGCACUUCCCCACGAGCAUCUUGCGUGCAUACCUGUCUCCCUUCCGCAAGGACAGUAACUUGGCUGCGUUCACCUGCCAUGCUCAGCCAGAGCCAGCAACCAGCAUAGACAUGCACCCCAGUGCAGGGGGUGCAAGGCUUCCUUCUGAUCUGUCUGCACUCCCCUUCUCUUCCUUUCUCUUGGAGUUUUUAUUUAACAGUGCAAAAGGAUCAAUUGUAUGUUUGCUUCUUUUUUUUUUUAAACUUGAAUUUUUUUUUUUAACUUACACUUUUCAGUUUUAUUUUUCUUGUAUAUUUUGCUAGCAAUGAGCUUUUAAAUAAAGUUGAAAGGUCUGGAAGAGUUUGGAAUAAAAAAGAACAUGAAAAGAAGCCUUCCCUUCCUGGCAGUCUUCUGCAGUAGGUGGCUUCUGAGUGACUGACAGGGGCCUCGUCCUGUAAGGCCUCCCACAGAGUUAUACAAGCAGUGGCCAAAUCCUCCUUGGAGGAAAGCAGUGGGCAGCCCCACGUCACUUAAGUUCUUCUGAUUUCUUUUUAAUGGCAAACCUUAACAUAUACUUUCAGCAAACCAGUUUGCAGUGAAUUUUCAUUUCUUUCCUUUCGCUCCCUUGUGUAAAAAGCCCAGCACUUGAAUUGUUAUUACUUUAAAUGUUCUGUAUUUGUAUCUGUUUUUCUUAGCAGUUAGUGGGAUUUUAUGCCAGUUGUUAAAUGAGCAUUGAUGUACCCAUUAUUUUUAAAUAGCAAGGCACAGCCCCUGCCCCAACUCUCACCUAACGUUUGUCAUUCCAGUUUGAGUUAACGUGCUGAGCAUUUUUUAAAAGAAGCUUUGUAAUAAAACAUUUUUUAAAAGUG